AUGGACAUGGAUUGUUUCUAGUGUUUUUUAAGAUUAUUCUUGCCUCUCUUAUUCUAGUUUUACUUUUAAAAUAAUUUCCUAAUGCUGUGACAGUUGCAGAGGCCUUAGGCUUCCGUCAGGAUGGUACUAAACGCAGCCGUGCAGAUGUUGAGGGAAGCUGAUGAGCUGAAACAGAAUAUAUUAAAUUUUAAGAGUGGAACAUCAAUGCUUCAAGAUCAAAAUAUAUGGACAACACAACAACAGUUACAAAAGAUAUACCAAAAAGUGUUAGUUUUAGACCUGGAUUAUGCAUUGGAGAAGAAAGUUGAACAAGAUUUGUGGAAUGUUGGUUUCAAACAACAAAUUGAAGCCCUGCAAGCCAUAUCCAAGGAUAGAAAGAAUCCACAACGCAGUGAGGGUCAAGCAAUGCUUUCGCUGGUGCUGCAAGCCGCCGCCGGCUUCUAUCUAUGUUUGCUGCACCAGAUAUGCACAACAUUUAAAUUAGAUUUACCUUUCAGACGUCGCACAUCCCUGGUGGGCUGGGUGGAGGGGUGGGGUGCGGGCGCGGGGGCGGGUGAGCUGACGGCGGGCGGCCGGCUCCCCGCCGCCCCCGCCGCGCGGUACAUCUGUCAGCACUGCCUCGUGCAUCUAGGAGACUUGGCGCGGUACAGACAACAGCUUAGAGUCGCGCAUACCUUCUACAGACAGGCGGUGUGCGUGUGGGCGCACUCCGGUCAGCCGUACAACCAGCUGGCGCUGGUGGCGAGCCGCGGUGGGCGGCGGCUGGCGGCGCUGUACUGGCAGGUACGGGCGCUGCUCGUGCGCGCCCCCUUCCCGCCCGCACCGGCCAACCUCGCCAGGACCUUACGGGCGGCUGCCAGUGCUUGCAACACUGAAGUGCCAGUGUUGCCAGGUGUGACGCAGACGACAGAGUCGACAGUGACGCCGACCACAAAGCGAUUGGAUUCGCACUCGUACAUCACUGAACUCAUGAAGGCAUUACACCUCAUACAUUCAGUUGAAGAUCUGAAGACAGCGUCGAGUAUGGUGAGCAACCUGAACUCUUCAUUAACUGCCCUGGUGGCUACCGACAGCUUCGAGUCCAUGACACUAGUCAAGAUGACCUGCGUUUUAAUAUGGUUAGUACACUCGUCUACCGAGGACUUGACCCUGGACAGCAGCACGCUGACCGACGACGAGGCUCUAGCGGCGGAGCUCAGCAGGUCCCUGGCGGCCGGCGCGGUGCUGGCCCUGCUCCUCCCGGCCUACACUUCGGACCGGCCGCCGGAGAAGGCGUUACCGGCACUGCGUGUGUGGGUGCAGUGGGCGGUGGGGCGCGGCGCGGGGCGGGGUGCGGGGUGGGGCGCGCGGGCGGCGCUGUGGCCGGCGCUCGCACACACGCUCAACGCGCUACCGCAGCACGCACACCAGCACAGCGAUGCGUAUCUAAGGGUUCCGCUGCCGGAAGACGAAGAGCUGUACGGGUUCGUGCCGCUGGAGGGCGCCUUCGAUAAGCUGCGGUUCAACAGCCACGCCUCCUGGGACACUUACGGCGGCCGCCUGCCCGACCUGCUCGGGGACGACGACAUGCAGUCGCCGGCGGACGCGGCCGUCACGCUCAGUGGAGACUCCGAGCUGGAGCGGAAGAUACGCGCCCACAGACUCAUCGAGCUCGGGAAGAGACUGGCGGAGAAAUGUCCGCAGCACUUCUCCUACACUGAAGAAGAUGGUAAAGUAACUUUCACGGGGGCCAACGCGGGAGGGGAGCAGCUCUCCCGCGCCCUCGCCGAGCUGUCUCUGGUGCAAGGGGACGAGGUGCUGGAGGGCGAGGGGGGCGGGGGGGCCGACCCGCACGAGGACGACAGCGAGGACGAGCCCACCCCCCCGCCGCCGCCCGUCAUCAUCUCCGAGGCAGACUUCCGGGAGAAAGUUCGGGAGAAGCGCGUCGGCAUCCUGAAGCCGCAGGGGUCGCUGGAGCGGGCCCGCGAGGAGCGCGCGCUGGCCUGCACCCAGGAGGACCAGCCUGAAAUUGAGGUAGAAGAGAGCAAGAGCGAGGACCGGCGGGAGGGCCGCAAGCCGCGCGUCAACAUCGCCAUGGCGGCCAUCAUGCGGAAACAGGAGGAGACUAACAAACAGGUUAAGUUCGUGACGCCGCCGCCGACGCCAGAUUCGACAGCAGACAGCACAGACUCCAAAGAACAGGACAAACCGAAAAUAAUACAACCGAAAGUUAUGAAAUCUCUCGCCAACCUCCCCAUAGGCAGGAAAACUGGAGGAAUCCUGUCACUCAAGGACAAGUCCGCCGGCUAUCCUCACCUUGUUAAUGUGGAACCGGAAAUAGUCAAGAAACCCGAAAGCGAUGAGAAAAAAGACGUGAAGUUCAGUCAAAAUACCAACCAGAGCUCGCAGAACUACACCGCGCGACAGGAAACCCCCUCGUCGCCCAACUGGGGCGGAGCCGGGCAGCAGGGCUACGACGCGCCCCGGGCAGCCUUUCAGAAAAACUACGGCAUACCAAAAGCCGGCAUCAGCUAUAACGCCGGCCACCAAAGCAACCAGGGCAUCCGGCUGCCCGUCGUGAACCCCAGGGAGAUCGACGUGACUACGGCCGCCAUACAGAAGCAGAGCUCCCGGCAAGACCUCUUCCAAGACACGCACAAAUUCGGCCACAAUUACCAAGUGUCGGGCGACAAGAAGAACUUCCUUAACGACUUGCCGCCGCGCUUCGCGAACCAGUACCGAUACUGGCAGGCCGCUCAGGAAAGUCAAUUCAACGAAAACAAAUUUAGGGAUGACAACUUCACGCCCAGCAACGCAGCCCUACAGCCGUUCAAUCAGCAGCGGAACAAUUGGCUCCCGGAUAAUUACCAGCAGGUCAUGUCCGGGUGGAAGCCAGAGAACCAAACCGGUUACAACUCUACGUACUCGAUGCAGCCGAACAUGCAGGCGCAUUACUAUGCACCGGUCAACCCUAACAUUCCGUCGUACACCAACAUCCCAACCUACAACCAAAUGCCCAACAGCAUGGGCCAACAAAAGCAAGAGAACAUGAUGAACCCAUCGAGCUACCUGCAGUCAGCCAUCGGCCAACCUCAGCUACAGACAUUGCAGAAUAUUGUGACGUCACCUAACUUUAGCGCUCAGAUCAAUAACUUUGGAGCGUAUGUGCCCAAUCCGAGCUACGACUCGACCAUGUACCCGCAGUUCACAAGCAAGCUGGGCUACCAACCGCUUCACAUGAAGAUGAUGGACAAGCAGCCCGGCUACCCAGGGAAGGAGUCUGCGGAUAUGGGACUCGGGUUCGGCCCCGGUGUCCCGGACAUGUCGCAGAGGAACUUAAGCAUGAACUACAAGGAACCUCUCGGUGUGAUGGGACCGGCGCAGAAUGUUGAAAAGGUCAACGAGUCGACGGUCGGUGCUGCGUCAGGAAAUACUUACUCGCUGUUCAGCGGGGCGCCGGACGCUCUCAGCUGGGGACAGAGUCGCCAGCCACAACAGUCACUAUGGACGGGGCCCAUCUCGUCACCGCUGGAGCGACUCCUAGAACAGCAGAAACAGAUGAAGCCACCGACGACUCAGUGACGCAGGCCUUACUAAUUACAAGCGUACACUGUGCGUGGCUUGUAAGUGAUGUGAUAAUUUACAUAACGGAUAAAUCGUAGCGUGUAAAUGGAACUAGCCGUGUAAAUAUAGAUAACUAAAAAAACGGACGCGCUGUAAUCACAAAAUGCAGCUGAUAACGAAUUCCGGACUUAGUGCCUAAAAUUUCCUUGUAUGAUAGUUAAUAUUUUAAUGUCCCCCUGGCACAUGGUCUUAUUGCCAGUUACUAACUAAGGCACUGGUAACCAAUUUUAUACAGCCUACACCUGGCUCUCGUGCGAUCGUCGCAAAAUCAUAUUUCAUCUGCUGGGGUGAAGUAUCUAUGGUCUCUACAAAGUUUUUUAAAACGGUCAACCUAGACCAGGUGGCUUCUGAUCAAUGGACUUCCUUAACAGAUUUGUGAUUAAAAUGAAUUUUCAUCUCUACAUAAAUUAUGAAGAAAUUGUUCCAAUGUUAUCAAUCUCCGGAACAACAGUUUUUGUGCCAUUUUCACUUGACUACGCGCUAUUUAAUAUCAGUUUACAAGUUAACGUAAUAAAAAAUUGUUAAGUUUGAUCACCAGCAAAGGGUGGCACGCCAAUCAUACAUUAAAAAAAUCCUUGUGUAUUCAAUUUCAAAUCUGCCUUUUCCUGUAAAGACAACAAAUAUGUUUUUACAAAUUAAUUUUUAAAAUGAGUCUAUUACUUACUACAGCAUAAUAAAACUCUAUUUAUUUAACAUCGAUAAGAUAAAGAUAAAUUUAUUUGUACCUUAAGUCGUGUAUAUAAUAAUUUCAUGUAAUGUUAUUUGUGUAAAUUUUAAUGUAAAAUAUGUAAUCCUUUUGACAGGAUGUUUAAAUAAUAUCGUAAUACUUGGUACCACUUUCAUCACAUUCAGUUCGACUCUUUUAAACCGUCUCACCGAUCACGCCUGUAUCUCGUAUCAUCAAUGAGCAAAAUAUAUCAGUUUUUAAUAAACAUUUUUUGUAAUCUAAUUUUUUUUUGCCUAUGAAAUUGUCUACAGAAUUGUCCAUAACACGACCGAUAUUACAGUUUCGUUGUGUGCGAGAUACUGAGAUGACCUAACUGCACAUUCACUGCCCCUUACACCCUUAUAUUUUUAAAAGAUUAAUUUCUACGUAAUUUUACUAAUAAAUUCGUUGAUAUUAAAAAAAAUAAGAGAUUUUUAUACAUCAUUUGCCGUCCCGUACUGAAAUCAAGUACACAAUACCUACAUGCCUUUCAACACGCUCACUCCGCUUUAUCAACUUUUAUUCGUUCAUAUGUUGUGUUACUAUGUUGAUAUAUAAAAGGCAGAGCUAUUCACACGGGGUCACGUACGCCAUCGCAGCGAGUGGGAUUUUAUACGUAAUAUGGAAACUAGUUCAGUAUGCUUAGUGAGAGUUUCUUAACGUUCUCGAUAACGUAAAAGUUAACCCUAUUUGGUAUGCAGUUGGAACAGCGCCUCUAGCGGCAAACGUAGGCAAACGAUCGCAUUCCAUAUAAAUAUGAGCUAACUUUUACGCUAUCGAGAAAGUUAAAAAACUCGCACUAAGCACCCUGAUCUGCAUCAUAGCGCGUCUAGCUACCUCAGUACAGUAAGAUUAAAAUUUCCUCGUGUGACAACAGUACUUGAUUUUUCUAUUUUAUGUAUUGUUAUAAAAGUAAUACAUUGUGUUUUUCACCCUUUAGGAACUGUUAAUCAAAUAAAUGAUAAACUCUCCAAAUUAUUUGCCUAAAAAUGUUAGAACAUAAAAAAAAUUACUUUGUGUUUUCAUGUGAAGUCUUUGUGUUGAUAUUAUUGAUUAAGAUCAGUUUGAUGAAUUUGAAGUUCUCUUUCAUAAAUUGUGUUUAUCUAGUAGGCCUUGAAAUGAUCUAAUGUAAUCUCACAUGUUUGUGUUAGACUUCUCUGCAUGAUAAAUAAAUUAGACUUUGUAGUACAUCUCCCACUUGAAUUGAUAUAAAAUCUGAAGUACAAAAUAUCGUAUUCAUUUUAAAUUGAUUUUAAUCUGCGCUACACGACUCUUUUGUCGUGUCGGUAUAAGCGAAACAAUUGAAUUUCUAUAUGUAA